AUGGAACCCCCCGGGGAUGAACAGAAUGAGCCUCAUCUCACAGGGGAGCCUAAAAUGGAGCCCUGCGAAACAAAAGAAUCAACGCUGUCUAUGAAAGAAAAGGAGAUGUUACGGGCAAGAGCCAAAAAGGCCAGUGAUAUCCGCAAAGCCUGCGCAUCUCAUGACGUGGAAGAGUUGGUUAGGCAUGCGACAUCAGAGGGGGGAUUGUUGGAAGAUGAGCUACGGCAAAUUGCGUGGCCUAUGUUAUUACAAUGUGACGCAAAAUUUCCAAAUUUUAAAACGUCCUAUAGCCAAGAACUUCCGCAUCAUGCCGAGGAAGACCAGGUUGAUCUUGACGUGAACCGGUCUUUUGUUUACUACCCCAAAAACGCCCCUGUGGAAGAGUUGCAGGCGAGAAAAAAGGAGUUGUCCAACUUGAUAACCAAAGUGCUCCGGGAAUUCCCAAUGCUAUGCUACUUCCAAGGCUACCAUGACAUUGUACAAGUCCUUCUCUUGGUGCUGGGCGAGAAGAAAGCCUUGCCGGCAGUCGCGCAGAUAUCGCUCUUCCGCAUAAGAGACUACAUGCUGCCCUCACUUUCGCCAGCAGUCAAACACCUGCAUCUGAUUCCAGCAAUCAUUGAAACAACAGACCCGGAACUGAGACAUCAUCUCGGCAAUAUCCAGCCAUUCUUCGCACUUGCAGCCACUCUGACAUUAUAUGCCCAUGACAUCCAAGAAUACAGCAGUAUCGCCAGGCUGUUUGACUUCCUUCUAGCGCAGGAACCAGUAGUUGCGAUCUAUCUCUUUGCAGCAAUGAUCCUAUCGAGAAAGAAUGAGCUGUUGGAAAUCCCGGAAGACGAACCUGAGAUGCUUCAUUUUACGCUCUCCAAACUCCCCAACCCGCUCGAUUUGGAUGGCCACAUCCUCCGUGCGACGCAGCUAUUUGAGGAUCACCCGCCGGAGUCGCUGCCGCUUCGAGCCUGGGAACACAUUCCUUGGUGCAGUGUGCUGAAGACCUCGCGUGAUCGGUAUCGAGGUACUUCUGUCGAAGACGCAGUAUACCUGUUCAACAAACAAUCCCAGCAAAUCCGCAACGAGGAGCGCAAGAAACAAGCCCUCGGUUUCUUGUGGAAACACCGCCGCUCCGUGGGAUCAAUUGCGCUGGCUAUCUUGGUGGGAACGGCCUCUUUCUACAUCCGCAGGAAAGGCCUCGACGCAUCUAUCUGGUCCUAUGUCGGCCGAAUUCAAAAGACACUCCAGAGCUGGCAAUGA